CUGAUGUCAUUGUUGUUCAUGAACAUAAGGAUCACUCCAAGACCUUGAGAACCAGAAGACAAGAGGAAAAGACAACCUACUUUUCCAUUAUACUCCCAAUGCAAUCAGCCAAAGCAUUAGAUUAUUGUGUAAUUAUUGAAGAAUGAAACUGACUGCAUAGAAUAAGUGAAUAACUAUCCAAUUCACUUAAUUUAGUACUGAACUUUCUCGUUAUAAUGUGGACUCUCGAGUUGUCAGAACUCAAAGACAUCAGACUUGCAGAAAACAUUUUGUGAACUAAUCAAACUCCCAUGUAUGGCUACUGAAACUAAGAAGCAACUUCAUGUGGUAGUCCUCCCAUGGCUGGCCUUUGGUCAUAUGAUCCCUUUUUUAGAGCUCUCCAAAUCAAUUGCUCAAAGGGGUCAUAAAGUUACUUUCGUAUCCACCCCACGAAACAUCCAACGCCUACCUAAAUUCCCUUCUGAAUUAGCCUCCUCAGACCUUAAUUUCCUCGAAUUCCAUAUUCCUCGUACUGAAAGUUUGCCUGAAAACGCUGAGGCUACCGCCGACGUCCCGUUGAAUAAGGUUCAUUUCCUCAAGAAAGCCUUUGACGAUGUCCAAAUACAGGUGGCACAAUUCCUGGAGACUUCAAGACCCGAUUGGUUGAUUUACGAUUUUGCCUGCCACUUGCUUCCUUCAGCUGCGGCCAAACUUGGAAUUUCACUUGCCUUUUUCUCCAGCUUCAACGGAUGGUCAGCUGCUUUCUUUGGAUCACCUUCCUCGGCCCAUCAACGGACCAAGCCCGAAGAUUACACCGCCCCGCCCAAGUGGAUCCCGUUUCCGUCCAGAUUAGCAUUCCGCCGUCACGAGUUAGGGCGGAUGGCCGAAGUAGCUCAGGAGAACGCCUCCGGCGUCUCGGAUUGGGAACGUUUCUCAAAGACGGUGACCGGAUGCGACGCCGUUCUCAUCCGGAGCUGUAGGGAACUCGAGUCAGAGUGGUUGGGCUUAGUCCAAGAGCUUCUUGAGAAGCCUGUUAUCCCUGUGGGCUUAUUGCCGCAAACAGCCCAAGAUGGGGAAACCGAACUCGAUAAAAACUGGCAAAUUAUUAGUGACUGGUUGGACAAUCAAGCAAGAGGAUCUGUGAUUUACGUGGCAUUAGGUACUGAGGUGUCACUUAGUGAAGAUGAAGUCAAUGAGCUAGCCACUGGGUUAGAGCUUUCCGGAUUGCCCUUCUUCUGGACUUUAAGACCAAACCCAUUUCAAUCGCUUGAAUUACCAAGCGGGUUUGAGGAACGGGUCAAAGGACGGGGUUUGGUUUGGAGGAGUUGGGCACCUCAGCUGAAAAUACUGUCACACGGUUCAAUCGGUGGGUUUUUAACGCACUGUGGAUGGAGCUCAAUCAUUGAGGGGCUCCAGCAUGGGAAACCACUGGUGAUGUUGCCCUUCCAGGCGGACCAAGGUUUAAAUGCUAGGAUCUUGGAAGAUAAAAUGGUGGGGGUAGAAGUGUCCAGGAGUGAAGAUGGGUCGCUGAGAAGUAAUUGGGUAGGUGAAUCGAUUAGGUUGAUAAUGACAGGUGAAAAGGGGCAGAUUUACAGGGACAAAGCUGCCCAAAUGAAGAAUGUGUUUGGUGACAAAGAUCUGCAAGAAAAGCAUAAAAAUGGUCUAGUUGAGUAUCUGGAGAAAAAUCAGACGUCGCCGGCCCCUUGAAAAUAGUAGUAAUGUCAUCGUUUUUCAAUUCAAAGUUUGCCUAUUUUUCUUAAUCAUACUUCUCCCUGAUUUCUGAAUAUGUAAAACGACUACUUGUCUUAAUCAAUAAAUUAUCGUUUUUGAAGGAAAAAAUGGACUUCUAUUAUUGGGAGGACAAUUGUCUUUGAAUCUGUUUUUUUUUUUUUUUUUUCUCACGGCUGCCACUUGUGCAAUUUUGCUGUGAGUUCAAAUUUCCGGUCCCUGGAAGAACAAAUACUGCUCCAUACCAAACCUCUAG